CCCACUUUCGUACUUGUCGCUGGGCUGCGAAGCUUGCUGUUGGUUUCGCUCCUGAUUUCUCUUGUUCUUUGACCUCGUCUAUUUUUAAAAUCGCAAUGGCUGAAUUCGAGCUGAAGUACACUCCUCAGGCUGAAGUCCAAUCUAUCUACGACACCCUCCAACGUUCCUUCCGCAAAGGCGUCGCCCGCCCUCUCGGCUACCGCAAACAUCAGCUCUACCGACUCGCCCGUCUCCUCAAAGAAAACAAAGAAGCCAUCCUCGCCGCAGAGCACGCCGACCUCGGUAAACCAGCUCAAGAAUGCCUGGUUGGCGAGAUCGGCGCGAUGAUGGACAGGAGCAUUAAGAGUGCGGAGUCGCUGGAGGAGUGGUCGAAACCGCAGAAUGUGGAGGUGCCGGAGUGGCAGAAGACGUGGAGUCCGAAGGUGUUUAGCAUUCCGAAGGGCGUGGUGUUGAUUAUUUCACCCUGGAACUACCCAACGACCCUCUCCCUCCAACCUCUCAUCGGCGCCAUCGCAGCAGGCUGCCCCGCCGUGCUCAAGCCCUCCGAAAUCUCAUCACACCACUCCGCGUUGCUCGCUGAGCUUAUCCCGAAGUAUCUCGAUCCGGAGGCAUACGCGGUCGUUAAUGGGGGUAUAGAGGAGACGACGAGGGUGUUGGAGUUUAAGUGGGAUCAUAUUUUCUACACGGGCAAUGGACGCGUAGCGCGUAUUAUCGCGGCAGCGGCAGCAAAACACCUCACGCCGUGCAACCUCGAACUCGGCGGAAAAUCGCCCGUCGUCAUCGAUCCCGAUUCAUGCGACCUGAAGAUAGCGGCAAAGAGGAUUUUAUGCGGAAAGACCACCAAUGCAGGACAGAUCUGUGUCUGCCCAGACUACGUCCUCAUCCCCCGUCACGCCCAAGACGCCUUCAUCUCCGCCCUCCGCGAAGCCCACGACUCAUUCUACCCGCCCUCUUCCGGCUCUCCACUCGACUCGCCCUCCUUCGGCUCUAUUAUCAAUAAAGUGCAGUAUGAGAGGUUGAAGGAUAUGAAGAGGAGGACAAAGGCGGAGUUGGUGCUUGGGGGUGGGGAGGACGAGGCGAGGAGGAGGUUUGAGCCGAGUGUGUGGAGGGAUGUGAGGGAGGGGGAUAGUUUGCUUGAGAUGGAGAUAUUUGGCCCGUUUUUGCCUAUCGUUCCCGUGGAGGAUAUUAACGAGGCGAUCGAGUAUAUCAAUGACCAUCCAUCACCACUGGUGUUAUAUUCAUUUACGACAGAUCCAAAAGUCAAACAAGCACUUCUCGAGAGGACACGAAGCGGCAAUCUAGUCUUCAACGACGUAGUCCAGCAACUAUCAGUGAACGAACUCCCCUUCUCCGGAAUCGGAGAGUCAGGAUAUGGCUACCAAAUCAUGAAAUACACCUACGAAGCCUUCUCCCACCUCCGCGCCUCCAUCGAUAUCCCGUACGCUUACGAACCGUUCCUGGCUGCGCGGUACGCGCCGUAUACGAAGGAGAAGACGAGCAUUAUUGCGGUGGCGAGUGAGAUGGAGGUGCCGGAGAGUGAGUGGCCGGUGAGGGGUGGCGAGGAGAGGAAGGCGAAUGGGAGUGCGAAUGGGAAUUCGCAUUGAGCAGGCCGCAGAAGACGCUGGGAGUGGGUCUAUCUGACGGUUUGUAAGGGUGAGACGUAUGGGGGUCAUUGAGGAGCCAGCUCGACCUCUAUUCAUUUCAUCGUUCGUGGCGGUCGGUUCUCUGGAGAUUGGCAGGCAGAGUUGAAGUAUAUGCACGAUUUGCUUAUGCGCUUCUGUAUCAUGACAUUCUCUGUCGAUUCCAUGUAUAAACAGCCUAUCAUCUUCUACUUAAUUGACGUCCUCAGAUACACCUCAC